CUCUCCUCGCUGUGGAUCUGUUAGGGAAUGAGUGUGCACGUCUCCAUUGGGAACACUUUUUUUUUUGUUGUUUUAAACUUACAGCUCUUAUUGGGAGCAGUGGGCAAGCUUAUUCAGAGUGUGAGAGUGGAGAGAGAGGAGACCCCUGUGGUGCUGUGAUUUGACUAAACAAACAGCCGGUCUCGGAGCAGUACCUCCUCCAGCAGACUGCCGGGACAGUAAAGAUUAACCUCAGACUCUGAACAUCUGAGGGAUCUAUACAUCUAAAGCAGCAGCCCCUGUAGAGACAACCAGCUGGAAAUUUCUCCUCUGAUUUCAGGAGGAGGAGACUGACUGCUGGCCGGCAACCUCCUCGUACAGCGAGGGAAGAUUUGUCUCUGCAUCUAGGAUCACACUGAAGAAAAAAGUGCUUGAAGACAUCCAACAUGAGGAGGGUGACGGCGUCCACGCUCCAUCUGACAGUCACAGCUCUUCUGUAUCUCUGUACUGAGUUGUGCUGCCUGGAGAUCACGCCUAAUGACAAAGAGCUCAUUCUAGCCAAGGGCUCUUCUCUCACCCUUACCUGCUCCGGCUUAAGGGAGACGACCUGGGAGUUUAAGAAGGAUGAUGUGCCUUAUUUCCAAGUCGAACAAAAUGAUGGCAAAAGCUACCGAAUUGUGCAAAGCGGCAAAGCAUCCAGUGUUCUGACCUUGUGGAACGUGAGCUGGAAGCACACAGGGGUGUAUCAGUGCAUGGACCGACACACUGGAGAAAUUAAGGAGGUGGCCGUGUUUGUCCCAGACCCCAAUAUGUGGUUCAUAGAGAGAUCCCAUGGCAUGGUAACUAAGACCAGUGAGGAAAGCAUCAUCCCCUGUGUGGUCACCAACCCAAACAUCAGCGUCACCCUGCAUGAAAAGGACACUGACUUACCCAUCAGGGGACAUUACGUUCCCAGCGAGGGGUACAAGGCACAGCUGGAGGACAGGACCUACGUGUGUCGUGGAGAGCUGAAUGGGGAGGUGAUAGAGUCUCAGGCUUUCUACGUCUUCAGCAUUGUUGUCCCAGAGGCCAUUGACGCCUACAUCAACGCGUCAAAGACUGUCCUGAAACAGGGGGAACCGCUGUCAGUAAACUGCACAGUUCAGGGAGUGGAGCUAGUGUUUUUUGCCUGGAACAAACCCCUUGGAGAGGAUGAUGAGGUUGAGCCGCUGACAGAGGUCCUGCCCACCAUGAGCAUGCGCUCCUGUCUGAUCUACCCUCAAACCACAGUGGCCCAUAGCGGAAACUACGUCUGCAAUGUCCAUGAGAGUGUCCAAGACCAGACCGCUUCUGCCAGCAUCAACAUCACCGUCCUCGAGCGAGGCUUCGUGGACGUGAAGCCCGCUCUGCAACAAAACAUUUCAGCCAAGCUGCAAGAGAACGUGGAGCUGAGAGUUGACAUUGAAGCCUACCCUCCCCCUCAGGUCCGCUGGAGCAAAGACGGCGCCACCAUCAAGGGAGACAAAACCAUCACAACCAGACAAGAGCAUGAGAUCAGGUAUGUGACCAUUCUCACUUUAGUGAGGGUGAGGACGGAGCAGAAGGGCCGCUACACCGUCCGUGUCACCAAUGGAGAUGAUACAAAGGAAAUUAACUUUGACCUGGAAGUGCAAGUUCCUGCUCAGAUUAAAGACCUGACUGACCACCACCUCCCAGGGAAGAGACACUUGGUGACUUGUGUAGCUGAAGGGGUCCCGGCCCCAACCAUACAGUGGUUCAGCUGUGACAGCAUGCUGAAGUGUAGCAACCAGACAGAGGUGUGGCAGCUGCUGAUAGCAGACCCAGAGAAGAUGAGCAUCCAGACCAACACGAGCUACAGUGAGACUCGUAAAACCACUCAGGUCCGAAGCCAGGUGACCUUCCACAAGCCCCAGCAGGCCACAGUUCGCUGUGAGAGCAGCAACCAAGACGGGCUCGUUGACAGAAGAGACGUCAAACUGGUGUCCAGCACUCUGUUCUCCCAGGUGGCAGUAUUGGCUGCUGUUCUCGCCUUAGUGGUUAUCGUGAUCAUGUCUUUUAUCAUCCUCAUCGCUGUAUGGAGGAAGAAACCUCGCUAUGAGAUCAGAUGGAAAGUGAUAGAGUCAGUAAGCCAGGAUGGUCAUGAGUACAUCUAUGUGGACCCCAUCCACCUGCCCUAUGACCUGGCUUGGGAAAUGCAGCGAGACAACCUGGUGCUGGGUCGCACUCUUGGAUCAGGAGCCUUUGGCAGGGUGGUCGAGGCAACUGCAUACGGUCUCACUCAUUCCCAGUCCAGCACCAAAGUGGCAGUGAAAAUGCUGAAGUCCACAGCCAGGAGGAGUGAGACCCAGGCCCUGAUGUCAGAGCUGAAGAUCAUGAGCCACCUGGGUCCUCACAUCAACAUCGUAAACUUGCUAGGAGCUUGCACCAAACAUGGCCCCCUGUACUUGGUGACUGAGUACUGUCGCUAUGGCGACCUGGUGGACUACCUUCACAGGAACAAGCACACCUUCCUGCAGUACUACGCCGAAAAGAACCAAGAUGACGGCUGCCUCAUCUCUGGAGGAAGCACUCCGCUCAGCCAGAGAAAAGGCUAUGUGUCUUUUGGAAGUGAGAGUGACGGAGGAUACAUGGACAUGAGUAAAGAUGAGCCCUCGGUCUACGUGCCCAUGCAGGAGCAGAUAGACACCAUCAAGUAUGCAGACAUCCAGCCCUCUCCAUAUGAGUCUCCGUACCAGCAAGACAUCUAUCAGGAACAAGCUGGCGGCAGAUUAGACCUGGCCAUCAGUGACUCUCCCAGUCUCACCUACGAUGAUCUUCUGGGCUUCAGCUACCAAGUGGCGAAGGGGAUGGAGUUCCUCGCCUCCAAGAAUUGCGUCCAUCGUGACCUCGCUGCCAGGAAUGUCUUGAUCUGUGAGGGCAAACUGGUGAAGAUCUGUGACUUCGGCCUGGCCAGAGACAUCAUGCAUGACUCCAACUACAUCUCCAAAGGCAGCACCUUCCUGCCCCUGAAGUGGAUGGCACCGGAAAGUAUUUUCCAUAAUUUGUACACCACCCUGAGCGAUGUCUGGUCAUACGGUAUUCUACUGUGGGAGAUUUUCACUCUGGGUGGAACACCCUACCCUGAUUUGCCCAUGAAUGAGUUAUUCUACAGUGCUUUGAAGAGAGGCUACCGAAUGGCCAAACCCGCCCAUGCCUCUGAUGAAGUAUACGAUAUCAUGAGGAAGUGCUGGGAUGAGAAGUUUGAGAAGAGGCCCGAGUUCUCCUUUCUGGUGCACAGUGUGGGGAAUAUGCUGACAGACAGCUAUAAAAAGAGAUACAACCAGGUCAAUGACAACUUCAUGAAGAGUGACCACCCGGCAGUCGCGCGCACCAAACCCAGACUCGCCUCACCCUUUCCGAUCGUCAAUCCAUCAUUUGGCUCCCCCUCACCUGUCACCCUCCCCUUCCCCCCGGACCUCUACAACCAGAGCUCGAGCCCCGGAGACUUCAGACAAGAGGCAGACACGCAGGAAGUUAUAACUUCAUACAACGAGUACAUCAUUCCCAUCCCAGACCCCAAACCGGAGGAAGUUUUCACUGACGUGCCGUCAGAAAGCCCUGCAAGCUCUCUGGCUCUGGAGGAGGAGACUGACUCCAUGUCUCAGGACACAGCUGACACUCUUCCAGAGGAGGACAGGCUGGAGGACACCAGUGAGAGAGACGCUCUGCUGGGCUCCUCCGGGACGCCCGAGGUAGAAGACAGCUUCCUGUAACCACAUGUAGGAACCCUGAGAAAACAGAGCCCUUUUCGGGGGAUUUUUUUUUUUUUUUUACGUGCCUGAAAAAGGGAAUGUGACUAAACUAGAAUGUAGCAAAAUAGAGACCGAGAAGGCAACCUUUGUAUUUCCACUAAGCCCUUCUUUGAGUUUUUGUUUCACACUUAGUACCUCUGGAACUACGAAACGGUUACAAACAAUGAGCACGAUGUUGUCAACCAGUCAUUUAUUGGAAACUUGCCACAAUAAUAAAUACGGUACUCUCCUCACACCCCUAUAGAAUCAGUUUACAGUAAGCACAGAUUCUUACUGUAUUCUUCAUUUUAGCCAUUGACUUAUGAGAUAUGUGCCUUACAAUUUAGGCACAUUUAGCCAUAUGUCCUUCUUUGACUCUUAUUAUCAUAUCCCUCUGCCCUUUCACAAUGAGCGUAGAUUUUUUUUUUUUUUUUUUUUUUUUUUUUUUUUGUCAGUGUAGUAUAAUAUUUU